AAUACGGAAAAUGUGCCAAGAUGGCUGAAAACUUCAAGGAUUUACGUCUGAAGCUCCAAUCUCCACACAGUCACAACUCGUCAAGGUACAGCAAGGACAGAAAGUCUGACAAAUCUAGAAGAGAUUCAAAUGGCACGUACAAGUCAAAGUCACGCUACCGUGAAUCUGACAACAGUUGGCAUAAUGCCGACGAGUUAAGUAAGGUACACGCCGGAAUCAAGCAACGUCGAUUGUUUACAGAUGAUCAGUGCGAAGAAAUCGAGAAGAAAAUAAACGAAACAGUCAAAAUAGCAGAGAAAGGAACAUAUAAACAACACACAGUCGACAGGGCACCACUGAGAAACAAGUAUUUCUUUGGCGAGGGUUAUACUUAUGGGUCUCAGCUGGAGAAGAAGGGUCCUGGGAUGGAAAGACUGUACCCCAAAGGUGAAGUGGAUGAAAUCCCGGACUGGAUACAUGAACUGGUCAUUAAGCCUCUGUACGACGCUAAAAUCGUACCAGAAGGGUUUGUUAAUAGUGCUGUUAUAAACGAUUACAUGCCAGGCGGUUGCAUUGUGUCCCACAUAGAUCCACCCCAUAUUUUUGACCGCCCCAUUGUUUCAGUGUCUUUUUUCAGUGACAGUGCUCUCUGUUUUGGUUGUAAGUUUUCUUUCAGGCCAAUCAGAGUUUCUCCACCUGUUCUAUGUUUGCCAAUUGACAGAGGAUGUGUCACAAUGAUCAGUGGAUAUGCUGCAGAUGACAUCACACACUGUAUUCGUCCACAAGAUGUUGUGCAAAGAAGAGCAGUCAUUAUUUUGCGAAGAGUUUUCCCAGAUGCCCCUAGACUAGGAACACCAUCAGAAAAACAGAUCUCUCGGAAACGUAAGCGCAGCAGAUCAGAGUCUGCAUCUGAUUUGGAAGAUGACCAUCACAAAAAAAGUAGGAGAACGGUAUCAAUACAGAGGAGCAAACAUCACUCCAGUAGUCAGCAUUCUAAUGGUCAUCAGUCAUCAAAAGCACGGAAAAAAGAGAGUCACUCACACACAGCCAGUAAAACCAGCGACAGUCAGGAAAGCAGUGAAGAGGAGGAGGAGCCAGUUUUAACACCAAAAAAGAGCAUUCGACAGGUUCGAGUGUCACGUAUGUCUCGACACAGGAAACUCUGUUGGUAGAUUGACUUCUGAAGAUAAAUCUUGUUGCUUUUGGUUGCCAAAGUAUACACAUUGUACAUGUGUUGCUGAUAUUUUUUUUUUUUUUUUUGUUGAAGUAGUUUUUUAUAAAGAAGAUUCUGUCAGAAGAAAGUAUUUACUCUGUCAGAGUCACACUUGUGUACAGUUUACAUCACAGGCAUGAUUUUUUUUGUUUUUGUUUUUUUUUUUUUUUGCGUGAAGUUCAUUUAAAUCCCAAAGAUUGGGUUGAAAAAAAUUUUAUUGUCAUUAGUAAAGGUAUAUAGAUGUAUGUACACAUUACAAUAAUUGUCAUUUUUCAAUUGUAUUUACAAGAUGUUUUUGCAUCACUUCACAAGAUCUGAGUGAUCAUAAGAAGUAAAAUCUCAUAGAAAGUAUGCAAUCUGUAUUAGCAUUUAAAAUAAAUAGGUGGCGUCACAUAAUUUAAAUCACUUCAAAGCUUUCAUUUUACUGUUUUUUACUGCAUUUUUUUCCCAAAUACACCAUGAUGUGCUGAUGGGUGAAGUUCAUGUUUUAAAAGGUGAAAAUUGAGAUUUUGCUGUAAUGCAAUUGAAAUCAUGAUGAAAGAUAGAAGAUUUUUUGGAAUGAAUUUAAUAAAUGGAUACAUUUGUAUCUGUUGUUAUUUAAAAAGUUUUAAAGUGUAAAAAGGGAACAUUUUCUGGACACAAGCUUUUAAGAAAAUGAAUGUUUUUGGGGGAUUUUCUAUAUUGGAUUUAAAUAGUUAUGAUCUUAGUUGUGCUUAUUACUACAUUAGUCUUCCUACUGAGUAUUGAGUACACAUACACUUUGUAAAUAUAUACAGAUCAGAUAAUAAAAUUUAUAGUGCUGCCUUUCAUUCAUUACUGAGCGUACUUAACCCAUAACUUGGUCCUCAUACAGUCAAUCAGUUCUAUAGGUAUCUGUUACAGAAGUUUUGUAUGAAAUGCUUUAUUUCUAUUGUAUAGUUUUUACCUACACAGUUAUCAUAUUUUAGAUAUAAGGUUGUUUUUUUAAUGUAAAAAUGUUGAAAAGAUAAAAAAAAAAAUAGAAUUGAUUGAUUGAUUUGAAAAGAAUCCCUUUAGUAAGCAUUGUAAUCAUUUACUUAGAACACUAUGUGUAUAGUUUAUCAAUGUUUUUGGUUAGGGAUUAUAUGAAGCAACUUUCUAUUUCAGUAUACUGAUUGUGUUCAUAGAAAAGUACUCAAUGGGUCCCCCUCCCUAAUAACUUACCCAUGAAGUUAAAGUCCUGUGUAAAAAAUGUAGAUAUGGUAAUAGUACCAUUAUUUAGAAAUAUUGAUUGAUUUUAAGAACAUUUAAAUAUACAGAUGCAGCUGUUGUUCUUAUUUUAACAGAAUCAACAAGAUAUAGUUCUCCAGGCCAUCUUUAAAAAAUUGUUUGUUUGCCCUCUCCUGACCGACUGGCUAAAAAUGACCCCAUUUAAAACUUUUUUUAAAAAAAUUUAAUUUUAAUAAAUUUUGAAAAUUAAGCAUUAAUAUUGAAAUUUUCUGGAAAAAAAAUUCCCACCUACCUACCAACCCAUUUGGGAGAGAGCAAACAAACAUUAUUUUAAAGAUAGCCUCAGUCAUUGCAUGUUCAUAUGAUGGAAUGUUUAUUUUUCCCCAAACACAAAAAUCAAACCAUUAAUAUUUUUUAUACUUCAUUUGUAUCACGGCAUUGAAAAUUGUAUUUUGAUUGCUUGCUCUGUUACUAUACACUGAUGUGUGAUUUAGGGUUUAUUUCACCACAGAAAUGAGAAUCGCUAGGGUGUGAAGCUAUCAUAUGUGUCUAUGCUUACAAAUUCUUGUGUCCUUAUCUACAUGAUGAAACUGAAGGCUUGCGACAAAGACCUUCAGUACAACUUGUAUGUUUAUAAUCAGUAAGUACUGCAUUGUAUAUAUUCAUUUUGUGAGAAAAUUGGGUUAAGGGAAACGGCAACAUGGAAAAGUUUUUUUGUUUUUAAUUUUUUUGUGCAUUUCCAAGAAAAAAGUUUUGAAAUGUAAAGUGCUAUACCUCAAUUGGAUCUUGCCCUAGUCAUUUCAGUUAAUUUCAUUAAAAUUGCUUUGAAUUUGGAAUUAAUCAUUCAUUCCAUGUUCUUAGUAAGAAAUUAAAAUUUCUACAAUGAGUAAAAUUCAAAUUCAGUCAACUGACCUAUGAAGAGAAGUAAAUGAACAUUUAUGCUUUGAAGUAAUUACAUGUAGUUUACAUAAUCUAUUGUUAGUUUCUUUGUUUUGUUUUUAUGCCCCCAUGUAAUCGAAGAUUCAGGGACAUAUAGUUUUUGCUCUGUCCGUCUGUCUUUCUGUUUGUCUGUGCACAAAAACUUUGACCUUUCUCAUAACUUUUGACCAAACUUCAACUUUGGCCAUAGCCUUGAGUGGUUGCUGCUGGGGCUUUCAUACUUCACAUGUGUAUACCUUGAGAUAAGACCCUCCCUUGGGUACAAAUAUUUUUUACCUUGACCUUAGAGUUUGACCUACUUUUGAAAAAUUUUACCUUGGUUAUAACUUUUUGGUUGGUGCUGGGGCAUAUAUCACAUGCGUUUGUGGCAAGAACUUUCUUUGGGUACCAACAAUGUUGACCUUGGAGUUAUCCUACUUUUGAACACUUAAACUUUGGCCCUAACUUUUGAACACUUGGCGCUUAGCUUUCAUAUUUCACCGAUGUAUUUCUUGUGACAAGACCUUAAGUACCAAUAUUAAUUAACUCAUGACCUUGAGCUGGAAGAUUCACCUACUUGUGAAAAAACUUUUAUCUUGAAUAUAUUUUCUGAAUGAUGCUGCAAGGGCCUUCAUAUUUCACAGGUUUAUUUCUUGUGAUAAGACCUUUCUUCAGGUACCAUCAUUUUUUAUCUCUUGACCUUAGAGUUUGACUUGCAUUUGAGAAACUUUGACCGUCGCUAUGAGCUGCGGUACGUGGGUAUCAGUGUUUUACAAACACACAGUGUUAUCAUAAUGAUAUUGAAGUCUCUGUUCAGGUAUAAUCAGACUGAAAAGCAGAAAGUACAAAAUUUGUUUUAGAAAGAAUAAACAAUUUUAAAAGCUGGUGAAUAUAGAACAUUGUAAAUAAUAAUGACUCAAAUUUUUGUGUUAAUCUUUGAUGUUGAAAAAGUCAUAAACUUAUAAUAGUCAUGUUUAAUCAAUUUUUUGAUUUUCUUUGUUGACCAUGCUAAAUAUGUUUUAAUUUGUACGGUGAUUUAAGAUUCUGUUGUCGUUUGUGAAGUAUUAUUGCAGAAUAAAAGCGUUUUGGACUUCA